ACUUUAUUAUAUAUAAUAGUGACUUUAACCGCUGCAAUAAGAAUGAAGCAUUUUUUAUUUGUUAUAUCACUUCUAUCGAUGACAAUUAUGAGCUUUGCCGUAGACCUGAAAACUAUAUACGAAUGGAAAUAUGUUGAUUAUCAGUGGUACAGUCCGCGAGAGAAGCAGAAAGCAAUAGAUUCUGGCAAUUAUAACGCAAGCUCGUGCGUUUUAUAUGAUGUAGACAAGGCACCAGAUGGUAGAUUAUUCGUUACUUCGGGAAGAGAGAAGGGUGUACCAGCUAGCGUGAUGACGGUAACUGACAAAGUGGGAGAAGGGGGUCCACUUCUGCGUCCAUAUCCAAAUUGGUACUGGUAUAAAAAUGAUAAUGAUAUGGAUAGGUGCGAAGGCAUUACUAGCGUUUAUCGAAUAUAUAUUAGAGAGAAUUAUCUUUUUGUUCUGGAUUGUGGCAAAAUCGGGGAUGACCAAGUCUGUGACGCAAAACUAUUAGUCUUUGACUUAUUAACUAAUAAGUUGAUUAAACGUGUUAUUAUUCCAUACGAUAUCGCUAACAACAAAAAUGGCACUGGAUUAUUGACGACACUUACUGUUUUUGUCCCUCCUUGUAAAAAUAUAGAUACUGCAACUGUAUUAAUAGCUGAUACAACAGGCUAUGGUUUAGUGAUAUUCGACAUGCAUACGUUAACAUUCUGUAGGAUAGAAUCUGAUUUCAUGAAACCAACUGAUACCAUUUCCGAUAUAGAAAAUCGUAUUAUUUUCUCGAACGGUGGUAUUUUUGGAAUGACACUCGAUAAUGAAAAAUUAUAUUACGCCCUUUUGUUGGGGAAGGAAAUAUAUAAGAUGAAAUUGCCGCAGCAAUCAGAAUGUUUGUUAAGUGAAAGCGAGAUUGAUAACAAAACAGAACUAACGGAUAUAUUGUCAGAUCAGAUAGGACCGAUUGCAUCCAAAGAUCAUGUAAUAUUUUAUAGCAAUAUCCCGGAAACAUCCAUAAUGUGUGCGGACACUUCUAAACAAAUUAACUCCAACAACUCGGAAGUCAUCGCGCAAGAUUCUGAAAAAUUGCAAUUUCCAAGUGCAAUGAAAGUUGUCCCUAAAUCGAAUGAACUACUGAUCUUGACAAACAGAUUUCAGCGUGACAUUAAUGACAUUACAUUAGAUAUAAACGAGAUAAAUUUCCGCGUUUUGUCUAUGGAUACAAAGAAAAUGCGAAAGGAGACAAAAUGUUUUAAUUCUUGCGACAAAGAAGAAAGACACAAGAAGUGUCUUAAACCUCCACAUAAGAAUGGAUCUAAAGAUGGACUUCCAAAAAAUCAUAAGGGUAAACCUAGAGAUGGAUUUCCAAAAAAUCAUAAGGAUAAACCUGAAAGUGAAUCUCCAAAAAACCAUAAGCAUGGACUUAAACUUCCAAUACCAUAAAGAACAAGAAU